AUGACUAUCCGUUUAUACAAAGCCUAUACUCCAGGUACACGAAAUCGUUCUGUAUUAGGUUUUAAAGAACUAGUUAAAACUAAUCCACAAAAAAAACUGACUUUUUGGCAACAUAAUAAACAAGGUCGUAAUAAUCGAGGAGUUAUUACUAGCCGAUUUCGAGGAGGAGGUCACAAACGUUUAUAUCGUCAAAUUGAUUUUCGACGAAAUAAAAAAAAUAUAUCUGGAAAAAUUACAACCAUCGAAUACGAUCCUAAUCGAACUGCAAACAUAUGUCUUGUACAUUAUGAAGAUGGAGAAAAAAGAUAUAUUUUACAUCCUCGAGGAUUAAAAGUUGGAGAUACAAUUAUUUCUAGUAAUGAAGCUCCUAUAUUAAUAGGAAAUGCUUUACCUUUGACCAAUAUGCCUUUAGGCACUGCAAUACAUAAUAUAGAAAUAACACCAGGGAAAGGCGGACAGCUAGUAAAAAGUGCAGGAGCUGUAGCUAAACUUAUUGCAAAAGAAGGCCAAUUAGCUACAUUACGGUUACCUUCGGGUGAAGUUCGUUUAGUAUCCCAAAAUUCUUUAGCUACAAUUGGACAAAUUGGAAAUGUUGAUGCUAAUAAUAAAACAAUAGGUAAAGCCGGAGCAAAGCGAUGGUUAGGAAAACGUCCUAGAGUAAGAGGUGUAGUUAUGAACCCUAUUGAUCACCCUCAUGGAGGUGGUGAAGGUCGAGCCCCUAUUGGAAGAGAAAAACCAUUAACUCCUUGGGGUCGUACUGCACUUGGAAAACGAACCCGCAAAAUAAAAAAAUAUAGUAAUCCUUUAAUUUUACGUCGACGUAAAAAUGGAUAA